AUGGCGGGACCGGACGUCGCGACGCCGUCCUUUAACGGGGCUGCUGCGCACCCCUUCGAGUUGAAUAUGUCCGGAGACUGCGAGCCCGUAGAUCUUUUGACCAGCGGCCCGAUGGACUCCCGCCCUGACGAGGGCGCGGUCGCCCGUGGGCCGUCUGCCCGAUGGGAUCCAAACAUACAUGUGGUUUCACCAGAGGCAGCGGCCUCGGCUGCCGCUACAGCGCAGAUGUAUGAAGAGAAAAUGCAGGAAAUGCAGGCUCAGAUUGCCGACUUGUGGAGCCAGAAGGAAGCCUUCAGACGUGCAAACGAACGCAUCACGCGCCUCCUGAUGCAACUUCAAAACCAGGAACCGCAAGCGGCUGCGGACCUGAACGCUGCUGCGGCGGACGCUCUCCGGUCAGCUCGCGGUGCGUCAACUCACCGGGCUUCCCAAGAAAGCUCCGCUCCGCAUCGGGGGAAGAGUCACGCUGGCUUGCUGCAACGAGAAGGCAGUCACUCAGGUCGCAGAGCGAGCUCCUGCCACCGUGGUAAUCUAACGGAGCGAUCUUUUUUUCAGUCGAGAGACAAUCCUAGCCAGUCUCCAGCGGAAGUGCGGGGCGGACGCACCUCAGGCCCGUCCUCGAAGACGAUGGCAAUUCCGCGGUUGAACUUGGACGGGGCGCUUCCAAAGAAGACCGAGGGUGGGAAAAGAAACACAGGGAGACAAGGACGCCCUGAAGGCACAAAAGGGCCUCAAGAGGGUGAACCAGAAAACGCUCGACGGGAAAUGACGGGCGACGGGGGCCACAGUGCGCUCGGCGAGCAUCAACCAGGCGGAAACGACGUGGAGGGACUCCGCAGAUCCGGGACGCAGCUACACGUCCCUAACCUGGAGGGCUCUAGAAAGAAAAAGGACCUCCCCCCGUUGCCCCUUCAUAACCUGCACAAACCCGCAGCACCCAAACGGGAUCCUCAGGCUCCUGCGAGGCAGCGGAGCAUGUCGCAGAGCGCCCGUGGCUCAAGAGUGUCUGCUAGGGAGAAUAACUCUCCUCGAAGAACCGGGGGUGCGGGGUGUCCAGCAGUUCCACCCGUGUCCGUCGGCCGCCGUCGCACGGUUCAGUUGAGUGACGGACUAGCAUCCGCGCGCUCUCGCAUUGGAGGCGGGUCGUAUACAGCCCGACUGUCCCUGGCGGAGACUGCCCUCCGCACGCCUCGUCGAUGCUUCCUGGAUGACGGCAUAGCGUGCGCACCCGCGGCCACCACACAGAGGGCGCCGACGCUGGCUGGAGGACCGGCGUCUUCACAGUCUUCGCUCGCCGCCGGCGCUGCUGCGCAGACGCUGAGCACUCGAAGCUGGGCUGCACCAGGAGGGGCCCCUGGGGGAGGCGCUGCGGCGCUCGGGGGACUUGAAGAACAUCUCGCAGUCUCCUUGCGGCAAGCCCUUGAGACCUUGCACACAGUGGAGGGGAGCAGCCGAGCAGGCCCCGCUGACGCUUCGCGCGGUGCUGCGGCUGCGGCGGUGGCUGCAGCAGGAGCGACCGGAGGGGCAAUGAGUUGCGUACAGAAACCAUCCGACGGCUACUGGCACAUUAUGUACACGUGCGUCAUCAAGAUUCGGGGCACGGACUUCUUUCUGGAUGUGCGCUGUGGAGACGAAGGCCCCAUGUCUGGCAAGCUUAUCGCCAGUAAAGAACGAGCAGGAGUUUUCAAAGUGUGCGUGCGCCACCUUCUCAAGUCGGCGCGAGAUUUCUACGACUCCAUGAAGGUUCUUUGGUGGCAGCCGCUGCCCGUCGUUUUUUUCGAGGGAUUGCUUCCUGUGGAUGAGCGUCUCCGCCGAGACGCUGAGAAGGAACUGGCCAAGCGCAAAAAGAACAAGAAGAAGAAUCGCAAGAGAAAAGCUAAAAACACUGGUGGCCAACCUGCGGCUGAAACGCCAUCGGCUCCGCCUGACCUCCUUUCCAACGAUUUGAAUUCGCACACUGGUCAACAGAGCUGUCACGGUCCAACAGCUGGCGAGAAAGACCUCGCAGAAGCACGCGCAGCACUUGGCAGCGUUCCAUCGUCGCGCGCGUGUUCGUCGGCCGAACUGCUUCCUGGACCAUGUUCCAGCGGGAGUGAAGCGGGGUCGGGGGCAACGAGCAGGCGUGGAAAUGCGGACUAUUGCGACUGGGAUGCGGUUUCGCUCAUGUACAUAGGCAGCCUUGACGCGGAUACACCUGUUGCUCAAUUUAAGGGACUUUCAGCCGGAUCCGCCGGCAAUGCAUCGCCCAAGAGCGGCGAGGAAUGCUGGUAUGUCAGCAACAGCAACGCGGCUCUGCCAGUGUGCCGGACAUGCCGCGGCAGCUCAUCAAGAGAGUGUGGAGCAAGCGAGACGACAGACCGGAACGCAGGCGAAGGUGGAGGACAUGCACCUGGUUGCAACUCGAGUAGUGAUGACAGCGACGAGGAUGGACGACUCCGCAUCUCACCCAAGGGCUCGCUGGUUUCCUCGGAUUUCUCGGCUACAAUGGCGGGAGCGUUCGAUCGGACGUGUCAACUACGCCUGAACAACAAGCUGACGACGCACGAGCUUUUCAUCGUCAGACGAACAGACCGCGAGCACGGCUGUUUCCCUCUCUACCACAAAAAUGCCAGACGGUAUCUCUACGCGCAUCCCACAAACGGCCUGGUGGGAAUGAUUCACGCCAGCAAUACCCCAACUGCUGCCUUCGCACAGAAAGCGGUCACGGAGGCCCUGAUGAAGAAGCCAGCGAGUGCGGCAAAUAACGAUUUCGGCGUCACCGCCGACUUAGAGACGUACCCGCUUCUAGCGUCUGGCGAAGGGGCGUCUGCCGUGGGCAGCAAGACGUUGACGGAGGGCCGUGUCCUCCCGCCGUCUGAAUUCGAACUGGUCGCGCUUUCGGACCUUAUGGUGCAGCAGACGGUGGCGCAGAUUCUGGCUGCUCUCCCGCCUGCGCAGUCCCCUUACGGUAGCCGCGAGUACCUCGACUCGCUUUCAAUGGAUGAUGAGGAUGACGAAGAAGACGAAAUUGAGAAGAACCUUGUCGAGGACGGCUCGCGCCCGACGACUGUCAGUAGCGACGACGACGAACGCCGUAACAGCGCCUCCUCGCUUCCAUACAGUGGGGAGGACGACCGCCACGACCUCCUCUCUGCGGCCUCAUCCGUCGAUCUGCCGCACGCGGUUUCUACGGAGACGCUGCUGGCUGGCCACGCGCGCGGGACGGGCGAGGCAUUCUUGGGAUCCUCUUUGAGGGACGGCGGAGACUUGUCUGACGAUGACGCUGAAGGCCGAUUCUCCAGAGAAAAGGGGCUGCACAUUUGGGCUGUGGCACUCUCGCACGUGAACGCUAGGGCUCAGAAAGGUGGUUCCCGCCGGCGGAGCGAGGCCACUUCUGAAUCCAGCCAUGUGUGGAAUUCCCGAAGGAGCACGAACCCUGGCGCGAACAUCGAUGACCCCUCGUCAUUUCAAAAACGAGGUGCCGCCGGGGUGUGCCAUCAGUUUGUCCUGUCGGAGUUGGACGCAGAUACGGAUCUCGAGGAAGAGACAGCGGCGGAUCGCGCCGUCUCCGGCUGUGCGGAGUGA